AUGCCUGGACUCGUCACAGCAACCGGUGUCCUGGGCUUCCUGGCCGACGAGGAGCCCGAGCUCAAAGUCUUUGCCCUGCAGACUCUCAACGAUGACAUCGACACCGUCUGGACCGAGGUCGCCGGCGCGUUGAGCGAGAUCGAGGCACUCUACGAAGACGAAUCCUUCCCCGAGCGACAGCUGGCCGCCCUCGUCCUCGCCAAGGUCUACUACCAUCUGCAGGCCUACAAUGAGAGCAUGACCUUUGCCCUGGCUGCUGGCGAUCUCUUCAAGCUCGACGCACCCGGCGAGUUUGAAGAGACCAUCAUCUCCAAGUGUGUCGACCAGUACAUCGCCGUCUCCUCUGCUGGCCACACCCCGACCAAGCCCUCCAAGAACGACGUCUCCCUCUCCGACCUCGAGGAGACCUUUGCUACUGGCGGAGCUGAGGGCUCUGCUCUGAUCUCCCCGACCACCCCUUUCUCGCAGUCGACUCUUCCUUCCAAGUCUCUUCUCUCGCGCGCCAACACCGACAACACGAUCCUCGACCCGACCUUCCAGCCUGUCACCAAGGAGGGCCGGUCUGGAUCGAUUGUCCAGCUGCCCGACGACAACACGCAGGCCGCCCUGCAGAGAAUCAUCGAGCGCUUGUUUGAGAAUUGCCUGAGGGAGGGCCGCUACCGACAGGUUGUCGGCAUCGCUGUUGAGGCGAAGAAUCUCGAUGUCCUGCGCCGUGUCAUCAAGCGCGCCAGCGACGACGAGAAGAAGUCCAAGGGCAAGGCGCAAGAGGCUGCCCAGGGUUCAACCGAGGAGUUGAUGGAGUACGCCUUGGGUAUUUGCAUGGACGUCGUCCAGGAGCGCAGUCUGCGGACCGAGAUCCUGAGGCUGAUAUUGGAUCUGCUCAACGAUAUACCAAACCCCGACUAUUUUGCCAUUGCUCGCUGCGUCGUCUACCUCAACUCGGACGAGGAGGCCUCGACCAUGCUCCGGACCCUGGUAGACAACGGCGACCGGGACUCUAUCACCAACGCCUACCAGAUUGCGUUUGACCUCUACGACAACGGCACCCAGGAGUUCCUCGGCAAGGUCAUCAAGUCUCUCCCCUCGGGUGAGCCCCCCAAGAAGCCCGAGGCCGCCAAGGUUGAGGAUGCCGACGAGAACGGCGAGACCAAACCCCUCCUCCAAGACCAGGACACUAGCGAGGCCCAGGACGAGGAGCUCGACGCGACCUCCAAGGUCUACAAGAACAUCCGAUCUAUCCUCGACGGUAGCAAGGCCAUCAAGCUGAACCUCGAGUUUCUGUACCGCAACAACCACACCGACCUCAGCAUCCUGAACAAGGUCCGCGACAGCCUCGAGGGCCGCAACUCCAUCUUCCACACUGCAGUUACCUUCUGCAACGCCUUCAUGAAUGCCGGCACCACGCAUGAUAAGUUCUUCCGCGACAAUCUGGAAUGGCUCGGCAAGGCUGUUAACUGGUCCAAAUUCACCGCCACCGCUGCCCUGGGUGUCAUUCACCGCGGCAACCUCACCCAGUCCAGGAAGCUGCUUGAGCCGUAUCUUCCUCGCCAAGGCGGCAUCAGCCAGGGCUCUGCCUUCAGCCAGGGUGGCGCGCUGUACGCGUAUGGCCUGAUCCAUGCCAACCAUGGCGCCGACGCUCUCGAGUACCUGCGCGACAUGUUCACCUCGGCCGAGGAGGAGGUCAUCCAGCACGGCGGUGCUCUGGGCCUGGGUAUUGCCGGUAUGGCUACCGGUGACGAGAGCCUGUUUGAGAGCCUCAAGAACGUCCUGUGGGCCGACUCUGCUCUCAACGGCGAGGCUGUUGGUCUGGCCAUGGGCCUGAUCAUGCUGGGCACCGGCAACGCCAAUGCUCUCCAGAUUAUGUAUACGUAUGCUCACGAGACGACCCACGAGAAGAUUGUGCGCGGCUGUGCUCUGGGCAUGGCUCUGAUCAUGUAUGGGCGACAGGAGGGUGCCGACGUUAUGAUCGAAGGCCUCCUCAACGACCCCGACCCGAGCCUGCGGUACGGUGGCAUCAUGACCGUCGCCAUGGCCUACUGCGGCACCGGCAGCAACAAGGCCAUCCGGAAGCUGCUCCACAUUGCCGUCAGCGAUGUCAACGACGAUGUCCGCCGCAUCGCCGUCAUGAGCUUGGGCUUCAUCCUGUUCCGCAAGCCUGGCAGCGUGCCUCGCAUGGUCGAGCUCCUCUCCGAGUCGUACAACCCUCACGUCCGGUACGGUUCUGCCAUGGCUCUGGGCAUCUCGUGUGCCGGCACUGGUCUGGACGAGGCCAUCGACCUGCUCGAGCCCAUGAUGAAGGACCCGACCGACUUUGUCCGCCAGGGUGCCCUGAUCGCUCUCGCCAUGAUCAUGGUGCAGCAGAACGAAGCCAUGAACCCCAAGGUUGCCUCGAUCCGUAAGACGCUGAAGAAGGUCGUUGGUGAUCGCCACGAGGAUGCCAUGACCAAGUUUGGCGCCGCCCUCGCCCUCGGUAUCAUCGAUGCCGGUGGUCGCAACUGCACCAUUGGCCUCCAGACCCAGACCGGCAACCUCAACAUGGCCGGAAUCGUGGGUAUGGCCGUCUUCACCCAGUACUGGUACUGGUUCCCCUUCACCCACUUCCUCAACCUGUCGUUCAGCCCCACGUCCAUCAUCGGCCUCGACCAUGACCUCGAGAUCCCCAGCUUCAAGUUCCACUGCGCUUCCCGCCCGAGCUUGUUUGACUACCCGCCCGAGCAGGAGGUCAAGGCUGAGGAGGGUCCCGCCAUGAUCGCCACGGCUAUCCUGUCCACAACGGCGCAGGCCAAGCGCCGUGCCCAGAAGAAGGAGCGCGCGGCCAGACGUGAGAGCAUGGACAUUGACUCGACACCCACCGUCGCCAAGGCUAGCACUCCGGCGCCGACAGAGAAGAUGGAUGUCGACGAGGACAAGAAAACCAAGGACGAGGCCAAGGAGUCUGAGAAGAAGGAGGGAGACGACAAGGAGGCGUCGGCCCCGGCCGAGACAAAGAAGAAGAUCGAGAAGGAGAAGGUCGGCUACGAGAUGGAGAACAUGUCUCGUGUGCUGCCUGGUCAACUCAAGUACAUCAGCUUCCCGGCUGGUCGGUACAAGCCGGUCAAGAAGCCCACCGGCGGUCCGCUCUUGCUCCAAGACACCCAGCCGGACGAGGAGAAGACUCUGAUCGAGGAGAAGCUGAAGAAGGUCACGACGGAGAAGGCCCCCGUGGCGGGUGCCCAGGGAGCCGGCCGCUCGGCAGGCGGUAGCCUCGGCCUGUCGUCACGCGACCAGCAGAACCUGCUCUCGCAGGCCAUGCGCGGCAACCCGGACCUGAGGAGUCUUAACGACCUCCUCCGGCAGACGGCGGGCGCGGGCGGCCUGGGCCUGCGCACGCCCGUCCGUGGCAGUGGCGGCGACGCCGGCACGGGGAGCGGCGCUGCGGCGGCGGCGGGCGUGCUGACGGCCAUUGACGAGGAUGCCGAGGGCGAUGAGGAGGCUGUCGUGCCGGGGGAGUUUGAGUACUUUUCCGACGGCGUGGACGACGACGACGAGCUGUAG